AUGCAUGACAUGGCUGCCAAUUGUGACAUGGCUGCCAAUUGUGACAUGGCUGCCAAUUGUGACAAGGCUGCCAGUUGGGCUCCUGCUCAGCACAUGGUGCUGGCAUCCCACUUGUCUGGGUCGGUCGCUGUGCCCCACUCACCUGGGUUGCUCACUGUCCCUGUCAUGUCGGAGCUGCACCUGUGGGCCCCAUGGCUCCUGUUCAUGUGGCAUCUGUUGUGGCUGCAGGUCCAGGCAGCUCAGCCUCCAGAGUUGUCCCUGGACCUUGACCUGCUGACCUCCAUCCCCCUAUCAUUCCAACCUUCUUCAGUUGAGCUGGAGGGUCAAGAUCAGCCUCCAAAAUACCCUAGGGAUGUCGUAGCUCAACCUUCACUAUAUCAUGAGGAGACAGUUUUACCUCUAGAGUUGGGUGAAGCUCAGUAUCCAGUUAAAGAUAUCAUUGUUAAAGAUACGGGCUUGGGGACUUUGAUGACUUCAGAACCCCCAAAGAAGAUCGAACCAUCUGCAAUGGGUAAGGACUUAGCUCAUCCUGCAAAGUCCACUGAAGAAGACAGACCUCCAUCCCAGCAGGAGACCACAGCUCAGUCUGCUCUGGCUCUGGAGCUCACCAUCACUCCUGAACCUACUAUGGAGGCUAAUGCUGCACUCCUGCAGCAGGCUACAGCUCCUUCAAAGCCCCCUGAGGUGACAUUUCCACAGCUAGAGCCUGCUCAGGUUCAGCAGCCAACCUUUCAACCAUUGGCCGUGGAGCUCAACAUCACCCCUGAACCUACUUUGGAGGCUAAUGCUACACUCCUGCAGCAGACUACAGCUCCUCCAGCGCACCCAGAGGUGACAUUUCCACGUCCAGAGCCUGUUCUGGUUCAGCAGCCAACCUUUCAACCAUUGACCGUGGAGCUCACCGUCACCCCUGAACCUACUUUGGAGACUAUAGCCCCUCCUAAGCACCCUGAGAUGACAUUUCCGAGUCCAGAGCCUGUUCAGGCUCAGCAGCCAACCUUGUCUGAAGUCACAGUUCCAUCUUUGGACGUGCAAGUUACAAUAACUCCACAACCAGAGACAUCUGAGGAAGUUCCUCCAAUGACUGAACAGAACAUGUGUGAGCUCUGUACCUGCACUAAUGAUACACUGUCGUGCACUGGUCUCCACCUAAAGCACAGGCUCCACACAGUCCCUGUGCUAAAUCCCAACACCUACAAGGGCAACAUCACCAUCUUAAACUUGCAAGGAAACUCUAUUUCUUACAUUGGGAAAGAUACAUGGAAGUCAUACCAUUUGGUUGAGAGACUAAAUCUCAGUGGAAACGAUUUGAAAGAAUUACACAAGGAUUCAUUUGAAGGCCUUCUUUCCCUCCAGUAUUUAGAUUUAUCCUGCAAUAAAAUAGACUUUAUUGAAAAGAAUGUAUUUGAAUCACUACCUCUUUUGCAAUAUCUAAAUCUUGGUUGCAAUUUAAUAAAAAACCUGAGCUUUGGAGUCUUUGAUGCCAGCCACGGACUGCAGUUAUUACAUGAGCUAAUUCUCAAUCAUAAUCCUCUGAUAACUGUUCAAGAUCCAUAUCUUUAUAAUUUGCCAGAGUUAAAAUAUUUAGACAUGGGAGCAACACAAAUGUCAUUUAUAACACUUGAUAACAUCCUCGUGAUGAACGAAAAAUUGGAAAGACUGAUCUUACCAACCCAUUUGGCCUGCUGCCUCUGCCAAUUUAGAGAUGAUAUUGAGACUGUCUCCCAGACAGUCAGUCUGCAAUGUGACCCUGAAUGUCUGACAAAUACACCUUGUGAUGAAGAGCUACUAAUAGAAGGACCGUUCAUGAAAUUGUUACGAAGCCGGGGGAACACCAGUGCUGAGCUGACUAUCGUGGCAGAGAAGACACCCUCAUACAAAAAUGGUGACAAUUCAUCAUCCCUCAUGAGUGAGCAGCUAGACUUUAAUUAUAAAAGUGAUGUUAUUAGUGCACUAAAUUACAUAUUGCCUUAUUUCUUGGAGGGAAAUGCAGAAGAUAUAGAAUCAACAUUAUUGCCAUUCAUUAAACUCACUUUUUCAAAUGUACCCGAUGCAGAUAUGCCCGAGCCAUUUGAAAAACAACAGAGGGAACCCUUCUCUUAA